AUGACCAGUACAGACAGUUCACAACAACAACAACAACCUAAAACGAAAUGCUCUCAACCAUUGGGCUACGUCAAGAGGAGUUGGGAUGAACUGAUCACUAUUAUAGCAGAGGGAAGAGUGCAUGAGCUUGGUCGUCGAGAGGAUUGGCUACGCAGGAUGUGGGCUCACUCUGAUUGGAUCAAGCAACACUACAGCACUGCCCGAGACUAUAUUCUCUCGUUGGUGUUUGACUUCCCCAUCGUCGACGAUGGUAUCGAAGCGCUGACACCCAUCGCCAGUGCCGCCGCUCAAGAAUCGGGCGAUGUUGGCGAGCCAAUCAGUGUGACAGUGGCAGCGCCUCUCAAGAGGGUGGUGACACCUGAUGGUCCAAUGGAGCAGCGCAUCAUAAUAAGAAUGAAUGACUUUCCUUACAACAUUGACGAGAACAUACGUCACUGUGUACUGUGGUGUCUUCAUCCACUGACAGAGGAGCAGGCCAGAUACCAUUUGGAGAACACAUUGGGACUGGGCACAUAUGGCAAAGAGUACCUUGUGUUUAUCAAUCCACCACAUCUACAAAGUAUCAAAGAUGUAUUCCAUUAUCAUGUAUUUAUAAGAAUAGACACUGGUCAUCAGUUCUCUGGCAUUGUCAGUACACUGCUAUCGACUUGGAAGGACUUGUAA